UCAUAGUUCAGCCGUUGAGCGAAAUGAGUGCCAUUGCGUGGAAGCCAGAACCUUCUUUCGAGGAUAAUGAUGAUGACCAGCGGGAGUCGAAGAAGCAGAAGAACGACGGCGAGAAUGGAUGGGCUUCGACCAGGAGAUAUGCUAGAAUCCCACUGAAAUUAAUCGCCUUGUUAGCCACUGUCUACGUGAGUGUUUUGUCUUCGGAGCGGUAUUUCUAUUAUUGGGUGCAGACCUCCAUCGAAAGGACCGAUGUGCAUGUGUCUGAGAUUUAUUUUCCAGCAGUGACCAUUAUCCCGAUCAAUUUCACCAUGGUUAAUAUCUCAAAGAAAUCGGAGAAAUUUUCCAAGGCCUAUAAUUUGGUACAGUCUGUUAUUUGGCAAACUCCGAUGUCAGCCCGCCUGACGGAGGAGAACUUUACGGAGUUUUCCGACUACGACAAUUGGAACUUUCAGACCUGGGGAUUUCUCGAGUCCUGGCAGGUCAAUUGUAAGCACUUUUUCACCGAGUGCCAGUGGCGCCACAAGACAAUGAACUGCUGUGACAUUUUCCGGCCUGGAAAAACAUUCAAUGGAUUUUCCUUUGAGUUCAAUUCGAAUCUGUCCACGACGAGAGAUGAAACCUGGCCUUGGUCAGCAGCUGCAUCGGGAUCCAAUAGCGGUUUAAAUGUUAAGAUCAAACGGCAGCACAGCCAGUUUACGGUGAAUACUCUGGGGGUGAGUAAGAUUAUUAAUACAGAAUACAAAAUAAUAUAUAGGGUACUAUCUGCUCCCAACACUCAUCAGGUUAUAGUACACGAACCAACACAGUAUCUGGGCAUGAGUAUUGACUAUUCCUCGGAGGAUAGGAUUGUGAUUCCGGUAGAACCUCUUCGUUUUACAGCCGAAUCAGAUGUCAAGGCACGUCCAGUUGAAAUGCGUCGGUGUUAUUUCAAGGCUGAAAUUGAGGCAUUAUAUGAAACCCGUUCGGAAUGCAUAUACAGGUGCCACUAUUACUACAUUCUUGACAAGUGCAACUGCACUUUAAAUUUACCAGUUUGGGCCUCUUUUAACGAAAAAAGUAAUACCGCUUCGAAGGAAAGCAGUAAGCUAAGGAUUUGCGGUGUUCCAGAUCUAGCCUGCUUUAACAAAAACAAACUUUCCCUGCUUUCUAUGAGCAACAUCAUAGAAGAGUCGAGGGAUAAUGUAUUUACCACCUUCGAUUGCGGCUGCUUUCCCCAGUGUGAUCACACCCAGUACCAUACUUCGACUUACACCGAAAGAUUGAGCACCCACACUGCCCACGCAACGGAAAUCGAGAUAGAUGUGUAUUUUCAGGAGGAGACCCUGUUCUCCUAUCGCUCCAUGCUGCGCUUCACCCUCAUCGAUCUAAUGGUUUCCUACGGAGGAAUAGCAGGUCUGAUCAUGGGAAUCUCGGUUCUAGGCUGUGUCAAUAACUUUUUGGAUCACUUUGUCUGCUGUCGUCUACCCCAUGAUUCCUAA